AGAUAAACAACAGAUAUUAUAAUUCAUCUAGCUGUAGAAGACACAUAAAAAUAUCAUAAAAAUAUAAUACAAUAGAUAAUGGAUGAAACAUCGCAACAUGAUGCUAACACACUUGUAAAAGAGGAAGUACCAGAACAGAACGAACUAUUAGUAGCACUUGCGUACAAUGUACCGCAAGAUUAUACAUUAUACCAAUUUGAACAGUUGAUAAAUGAGCACGUGGUGAAUACGAAACAUGUUAAAAUAAUACCACCUUACCCUUGGCAGGAUAAAGCUGUCUGCCCGUGGAAAUUGGUGUUUGACUAUAAAAGUGACUAUGACACAACUAUACAAAUGGAGGAAUUAAUAAUGCAUCUAGGAGGUAAUUCAAGAAAUAUCGCUACUAUAUCGUUUAUACCAGGGGAUGCCGACGACAUCCCGGAUAUACCAUUCAAGGAAGAUGAAAACCAACUAAUGUCCGAACAUUGCAAUCCACUGGAUCAAAAGGACAUAAAAACGGAGUCUUGAGGUUAUACUGAUGUUGGAUUCGCUGCCAC